CUAUUACUUUCUCUUCAUUUCUUUUCUCUAGCAAUUUAACUUUUCUCUUCUUUUCCUUUCUACUCGCAAACUUAGCAUAAAACAGAAGCAGAAGUUGAAAACCAGACUACAGGGGAGAACAAAUCUGAAAACUUACAAGCAAGAUUGCCGAGAGGUAGAGAUGAAAAGAAUCACUAGUUACUUCCGGCAUCAGAAGAAAUCUGAUAAAGGAAUGAGAGAGAAACCUGAGAAUAAUGAUAGAGGAGAGCAGAUGGACUGGAUGACUUGCACUGAUGCAAUCUUGGAUAAGCUCAAGUUUCGGGUGCUCCAGGUUGAUUGCCGCAAGGAUGACCAUGGUCUGAACAAGCUGAUGGUGGAGCUAAGGCUAGUGAAAACAUUCCUUCUGUGUGCGAGGAAACUGGGAUAUUCUUGCAGUAGCGUGGAAGAUUCUGUUCAUGAAAAUGGGCAGCAGUUUUACUCUCUUCUUGUUAGAUUAGAGAAUGAUGGAUUGCUCACCAGAGACUUGGCUGGACCAGCCUCUACUUUUCGAGAAAUUCUGAAGAAGUUCAGUCAACAGAUCAGUGAAGUGUACGUGGAAUUGUUGGAUUUCUUAUUGCGAUCCGGUGCUCCUCCGGAUGAUGAAUUGAUGAUAUUCUUGGACUCAUUGCAAGACAGUCUUGUGGAUAUUCUCUGGUGGGGUAGAGCCUGUGAUUCUGCGCUUGAACAACUGUUAGACCCCCUCCAUAAGAAGUUUGUUUUCCUUAGAGAUUUCGUUGUCUUUGUCAGGUCCCAGGGCAAGCCCGAGCGCAAACUCAUGGAACAUUAUGGAGUUGUCGCCCUAUCUGCAGCUCGCCUGUGUUGUAUUUGUUGGUUUUCCAGAGAUGACGAUAAGGUGUUCGAUAAAAUGCAUUCAGAGAUUUCUGAUACAAUCGAGAAGAUGAACCCAGUUAAUGACUGGACCCGUUUGGCUUAUAUCGAGGUCUUAAAAUCUGCUACAUCAUCACUCAAUCUGUUCACCAAGACGAAAGCGUCUAUCUUGUGGAAUUUUUUACAUUCUCUGGGAGGUAAUCUUACAGAGUUAAUACUAAAUCCUGCUGCCUGGUUCAUGGUAUCUCUCAAGCAUCAAAUGCGAAUACUCUAUGAAGGACUCCGAUUCUUGAGAAUCAUACUCAAGAAGCAGAGUCAUGCAUAUGAUAGGCUACACAAUUGGAUCACCUUGCGUCAUCUGGGAGGUAUAGUCUGUGAUGCUGGGGUUGUUAUUUUCUCUCUUUAUCAGAACCAAAUUCAAGAAGCUUUGGCCGAGGCACUGGAUGUGAAGAUGUCUUCUUUACUGAAGGAAAUUAUGCGUUACAAGGAAAAAGCUGAGCAUGAAUUUCCUGUGCCACUAAGGUUUAACUUUACUACAACGAAUGAGGUGGGGCUUGUAGAUCUUAUACUAGAAAAGGUGAAGGAACUAGCAAGCUGUAAAGUUGAUCCAAUUUAUUUUGCAAAGGAGAGAGUUGACUUGUUAAGGUCACUUCCACACUCGUACAUGGUGCAUGAGGGUGAUAUAUGCCAGGAUGACCGUGGUUUCAAUAAGUUGAAGGUGGAGUUAAGGCUCGUCAAAACAUUUCUUCUGUGUCCUAUGGAAUUGACACACUCCCAGUAUAGCCUAAAAUUUUCUGUUUUUGAGAAGACACAUCAGUUUUACUCUCUUAUUCUUGGAUUAGAAGACGAUGGGUUGCCCCCUGGUGACUUGGUGAGAGCUGCCUCUGAUUUUCCAGAGACUCUAAAGGAUUUUCGGCAACAAAUCAAUGAUUUGUAUGUCGAGAUGUCAGAUUCCUUGUUACAAUCGGUUUCUCUGUCUAGAAUCCAGCGCAAUUUAAGAGGCUUUGUGCCAGGGGAUGUUUGCUGGUAUGAAUCGGGACGUAAAUCAUAUCCCUCUAUCUUGGAUCGCUUAUUGGAAUCCAGUUCUACUUCAGGAGAUGAAUUCAUGGAAUUCUUCCAAUCCUUGCUAGAGAAUCUUGCGGACAUUCUUGUUUGGGGUGAAUCCUAUGACUCAAAACUUGAAAAACUUUUUGAACCCCUUCAUGAGAAGCUACUAUUUCUUAGAAAUUUCAUUCUCUUUGCCAGGUUGCAAAGCAAGCAUGAAUGCGAACUUAUGCAGCAUUGUGGAGUCUUGGCCCUAUCCGCAGCACAUCUUUGUUAUGUUUGUUGGUUUUUCAGAGAUGAUAAUCAAGUGUUUGAUGGAAUGCAAGUAGAGGUUUUGGAAUCAGUAGAGAAGAUCAAGCCUGUUGAUCAGCAAGUCCGUUUGGCUUAUAUUCAUGUCUUGGAAUCUGAAUCAUCAUCAUUGUCUCUGUCUACCAAGACGGAUAUGUUUAUCAUGGGGGAUUUUGUAGAUUCUCUCCUAGGUAAUCUUUGGGAGUUGCUACUAAAUUGUCCUACCAAUUGCAUGGUAUCUCUGAAACAUCAGAUGCGGAUGCUAUAUGAGGGACUCCAAUACUUGAGAAACAUUCUCAAAACGCAGCAAGAGAUGAAUGAUGGGCUGCCUGGGAGAUUCAAGGAUCAUAUUGGUGCUGUGGUGAAUGAUGCUGGAGUUGUAAUUUUCUCACUUUAUCAGAACAACAUCCAAGAAGCUUUGGCUGAGGAGAUAGAUGUUAAGCUCUUUUGUUUACUCGAGAGAAUUAGGGUUAUUCAGGCAGAAGUAAAGGAAAAUCAUCCUGUAGGGGUGAGGUUUAACUUCACUACAACCACUGUGCUGGGGAUUAUUGAUUUUCUCCUAGAAAAAUUGAAAGAACUGGCAAGAUGUAAAGUUGAUCCCGUAUAUUCCUUUGCAAAGGAUAGAGCUGAUUUCUUAAGAUCAUACUUGAAGAAGACUAUGGACCAUCCCACGGGGCAUGAAGAAGACUAUGGACCAUCUGGGGAGAGUGUUAUGGAGCAGCACAACAAGGGCAAAAAGCUCCAGCCCCAAAGAGCACAAGAAGAUCUGUUAUUCUUAAGAUUAUUCUUGGAAAAUAAUUUGGAGCAGUACGUUCAGAACAAACAGCUCCAACUUCAAACAAUGCAAGAUGAUCUUUUAUUCUUAAGAUCGUUCUUGGCAAAAAACAGGGUGCAAUGCAAUCACCAUGAAGAGCUCCAAACUCUUAGGAGCCGUGUUAUGGAAAUGGCAUACAAGGCAGAUUUUGUUAUUGACUCCCUAAGAGUUGGAGAUAUAUCAUUUUAUGCUUUGUUGUUAUUUGAUAAUGUCACAUCAGAAAUUCAGCUUCUUAAAGCUAAGACGUUGGUGGUUGAUGGCAAUGAGAACGUCAUCAAAGCCCAGACACCUACCAAGCAUUUGAGAAAUGCGUCAUCUCAAGAAAUGAGCAUGUUGAGUGGAGCAUGCCUCCAGGUGUCAUCACAGGCUAGCAUCUCAACAAUGAAUAAAGCUGUAGUAGAUCUGAAGGAUCAAAAGCAAGCAAUUAUUGAUCAACUUAUUGGAGGAUCAAUGCAGUUGGACAUCAUUUCCAUUGUGGGCAUGCCUGGGCUAGGUAAGACUUUUCUGGCACAAAAAGUUUACCAUCAUCCUUCAGUUACAUCGCAUUUCCAUAUUCUUGCAUGGUGUUGUAUUUCUCAAACAUAUUGCAAGAAGGAUUUGUUGCUUGGGAUGUUGUCUUGCAUUGACCCAAAGGCUCAAUAUUCUGAGAUGAAUGAAGAUGAUUUGGCUCACAAAUUGUGUAACCACUUGAGGAAACAGAAGUAUCUCAUAGUUUUGGAUGACAUUUGGGACAUCGAGGCAUGGAAUGCUUUGAAAAUAUCGUUUCCAGAUGACACCAAUGGAAGCAGAAUUCUUUUAACUAGUCGACAUCAUGGGAUUAUUGGUAAACCUCACUAUCUUAGGCCACUUGAUGAAGAAGAAAGCUGGGAGUUACUACAGAAGAGAUUGUUAACUAGAGAAGAAGGCUAUCCUCCAGAACUAAAUGUUCUUGCCAGACAAAUAGCAAAACACUGUAAUGGACUGCCUCUGUCAAUUGUUAUCAUAUCUGGUAUUCUUUUGACUCUAGAUCAAGUUGGUUGGGAAGAAGUCGCAGAAAGGCUGAAUUCAAACAAGAAGAUUGGUGCCACAGAACAAUGCAAGAGUAUAUUAGAGCUCAGUUACAUACAUCUACCUGAACAUUUGAAGCCAUGUCUUAUUUACUUUGCAGCAUUUAGCGAAGAUCAAGAAAUUUCUGUCCAAAGGUUGAUAUUCUUGUGGAUCGCUGAAGGAUUUGUGAAGAAGAGUGAGUCAGAAUCUAGAGAAAAUAGCAGAAGGUUAUAUAAUGGCUCUAAUAAAUAGAAGUUUGGUUAUGGUGGGGCAACAAAGAUCCAUUGGUGGUGUCAAGACAUGCCGCAUUCAUGAUUUGUUGCAUGUGUUUUGUCUGAGAAAAGCCAAAGAUCAAAAUUUUCUACAGUUUAUGCGAGGGUAUGAUGUGCUUCAUAAAGUUGAGGAGCCAUACAACCUAUGUCGGUUAUCCAUUUACUCCCAACCAAAGCAUUUUGUGAAAUCAAGGAUAUUUUGUCCCCGCAUGCGCUCUCUACUAUAUUCUUCUCGUGGUGGUGGGAGCCAUGAAGUGUUAGACCAUUUGUCCUUCAUUUUUCACUUGAAACUUCUUAGAGUGUUGGAUCUAGGACAGAUUAGUCUAGGUUCUGCUUUCCCGACUGAAUUGAGCUUGCUAGUGGAGCUGAGGUAUUUGGCAGUUCUAGGUUGGUUCAAGGACAACAUUCCAUCAUCACUAGAAAAACUCUCAAAAUUGGAAACUCUUUUUGUGACAACAUACUAUUUUGAUGUUGGUCUUUUGUUAUUUCUGGAUACUUUGAUGAAAAUGCAGAAAUUGAGACAUCUACAUGUAUGUGGAGCUUUGAUUGAUCUUAGGUUGGCCAAUGACAACAUUGAAUAUUCCUCCAUUUUAUACAGUUUAGAUACUUUUUCCACUGUAAAGCUUUAUGUGGGGCAAAGCAUGGAAAAGGUGAUGGGAAAGUUUCCAAAUAUCCGUGAACUAAAAUGCUGUCUCCAGCAAUCAGAAGAAUCUUCUGAUGACAGCAACAUGAUUGUGGCAAUGGACUCUCUAAGUCAACUAGAAUCACUAAAGCUGGUUCUAGGUAAAGUGGCUUCCCAUCUAAUUGAAUUCCAUCUUCCCUUGAAUAUUAAAAAGCUGACUGUGGAGGACUUUUCAUUUAGAACUAUUGCCACAAUAGCAAAGCUUCCAAAUCUUCAGGUUCUCAAAUUACUCCGACAAGCUGAUGGAGCAAACGAAUGGGACAUGGAAGGCAUGGACGAAGAGGAAUUCUUCCCUGAGCUCAAGUUCUUGAAAUUGGAAGACUUGAGCAUGGUCACGUGGAGAGGCUCAGGACUUCAUUUUCCCAGUCUUGAGAAAUUGGUUUUGGAAGGUUGCAAGGAGUUGGAAGAGCUCCCUUCCUGUUUAUGGGAAACCUUAACUCUUCAAUUGAUUGCGGUGCAUCGAUGUCUAUACUCUGCCGGAGAUGUAGUUCGAGAUAUUCAGAAACAACAGAUAGACUAUGGAAAUAAGUAUCUGAAAAUCCUUAUCUCAGAAGAAAUUGAGGAUACUUUGUCAUGGUCAGAUGGAGAUUAUGAGGGAUGAUCUGUUUAGCAUGAAAGAUUAACCACACGAGUGUGAAAAUCUACUGUAUGGCAUUGCUUAGAAUGAUGUACUCUGUUUUCCCUUUUCUUCGGUUGCUGUAUUGCAUGUAUAUGUUGAAAUCUGUAUGUAUAUGUUGAAAUCUGUUUUGAAGGAAUGUACUAUUUGAAAUCCGUUAUGAAUGAAUUUACUAUUUGAUAAA